AUGGUGGAUGCUGGCAUGGUUGCUGCUGAAGUGGUGGCUGCUGGUAUGGUGGCUGCUGAGUUCGUGGAUGCUGAGAUGGUGGCUGUUGAGAUGGUGGUUGCUGGCAUGGUUGCUGCUGAAGUGGUGGCUGCUGAUAUGGAGGCUGCUGAGUUGGUGGCUGCUGAGAUGGUGGCUGCUGAGAGGGUGGCUGCUGGCAUGGUUGCUACUGAAGUGUUGGCUGCUGAUAUGGUGGCUGCUGAGUUGGUGGAUACUGAGAUGAUGGCUGCUGAGAUGGUGGCUGCUGAGAUGGUGGCUGCUGAUAUGGUGGCUGCUGAUAUGGUGGCUGCUGGGAUGGUGGCUGCUGAGAUCGUGGCUGCUGAGAUGGUUCCUGCCGAGAUCGUGGCUGCCGAGAUGGUGUCUGCUGCUCUCCGCUGCGACCAGUCCUCUUUUGCCGCCGCACUUCCAUCCUUGCCAUUCUGGCUCUUUGUGCCGCGCCCGUCCGGCUCCGUAACCCAUCCCCGGCCUAUGGCUCCCUUGCACGCUGGCCGGCUCCUCGUCCGCCACGGGUCUGCUGCGCACGGUCCUCUUCGACCCCAAAGAGAACGUGCAUGUGAGAAUGGACGUGAUAUGGAGAGUGAUAAUUGA